AAACUAUAGUACGUAUAAACUAUAAAGAACAAAAACAGCCCCAUCACUCAAUUAUUUCCCUCCAGUCCUCUCCACUCUUUUCAAGCCCAACAACUCAAAUAAAUCAGCCCUCAAUUCAACCCCUGCUCAUACAACAAGUUCUGUCUGAACCAAAACAAGAAAAAAUCAAAAGAACGAUGGUAGUCAUAAAAGCUCUACUCAUGGUAGUGGUGCUACUAGGUGGUGCUACCACCCAAGCUCUCUUCACCCUUGAGGAUGUUGAUUAUCAACACUUGAACGUCCGAGAAACGAUAGCGACCACAAAGGUCCAGCGUUCUGAGAUGAAAAGUUAUCAAGAAUUCUUAGAAAGCAAUGACAGAGGUGAAGCUGAGGGGAGGUGGAAGCUGAAGUUAGUUCACAGAGACACGAUCUUUAUGGGGAAUUACUCCACUCACCGCCAGCGUCUCGACGAACGCAUCACAAGAGAUGUCAAAAGGGUCGCCAGCCUGACCCGCCGCCUGAGCGGCGGUGAUGGUGCUGGCUACGAGGUGGAAGACUUCGGAUCAGAGGUGAUUUCAGGCAUGGAGCAGGGCAGUGGAGAAUACUUUGUGCGGAUAGGAGUUGGGAGUCCUCCAAGGAAUCAAUACAUGGUGCUUGAUUCUGGGAGUGACAUAGUCUGGGUGCAAUGUCAGCCUUGUAGUCAGUGCUAUCGCCAGUUGGAUCCAGUUUUCGACCCUGCUGCCUCGGCCACCUUCGCAGGUGUAGCUUGCAGCUCCACCGUGUGCGGGCGCCUUGAGAACGCCGGCUGCCGUGCCGGUCGUUGCCACUACGAGGUGUCCUAUGGUGAUGGGUCAUACACAAAAGGGACCCUUGCGCUGGAGACGCUCACCUUUGGCCGCACUGUAGUCCAGAACGUAGCCAUCGGCUGUGGGCACAGGAACCGUGGCAUGUUCGUUGGGGCUGCAGGGCUGUUGGGCCUUGGCGGAGGCUCAAUGUCAUUCGUUGGGCAGCUCGGAGGUCAGACGGGUGGUGCCUUCGGCUACUGCCUAGUGAGCCGUGGCACAGACUCAUUUGGAUCAGUGGCGUUCGGACGUGGAGAGAUGCCAGUGGGUGCUGCAUGGGUCCCACUGCUACGAAACCCACGGGCCCCAAGCUUCUACUUUGUUGGGCUUGCUGGUCUAGGAGUGGCAGGCAUCCCUGUGCCACUGCCGGAGGAUGUGUUUGGGCCGUCGUCGGGGUAUGGAGAGGGAGGCGCCAUCAUAGACACGGGGACUGCAGUGACCAGGUUGCCAAGAGCAGCUUACGAGGCGUUACGUGACUCGUUUAUCGCCGGAACGGCAGGCCUUCCGAGGGCAUCCGGAGUCUCCAUCUUUGACACAUGUUACGAUCUUUCGGGGUUCCAGACAGUACGAGUGCCAACAGUGUCGUUUUACUUGUCGGGUGGGCCGAUACUGACACUUCCGGCGAGGAACUUUCUGAUUCCGGUGGAUGAAGUGGGAACGUUCUGCUUUGCCUUUGCAGCCUCAACAGGGCUUUCCAUCAUUGGGAACAUUCAGCAAGAAGGGAUCCAGAUAUCCAUUGAUGGAGCAAAUGGAUAUGUAGGGUUCGGUCCCAGCACCUGUUAGCUAGGAAUGGUAAAUUUUUGAGAUGGCUGGGAGUUGUGAGUAAUGGUAGAUGUUAGUGAAAAAUUAGGGUAUUAAGUGUA